CUACGUAUAACUAGUUUUGCUGUCACUGUAAAGUGCUGGCGAUUAACUUUUAAUAGAACUACAAUAGCAUGGGAAUUGCCGCUAAUUACCGUAAAAUUGCUGAGACAAAAAGCUUGCCAAAGCUCAAUUAGAUUUCGUUCUGGUAGUAAAUUCUCGAAAAAUGCAUUUUCCAAAUUUAAACAGAAAUACGGAUUAAUCAAAACAGUGUAGCGAUAAGAAGGUCUAAAUAUAGUUUAAGAGCGCACCUGUAUGCGUUGAAUCAUACCACAAAUUGCCUUCAAACUGAUAAGCUGGGCUUGUGAUAACAAAUGGUUGCUACUAGGCUUUGCGGUAGCGUGUCUGGUGCUCCACUUCUACAGCUUCAACGAUCGCGAUAUAAUGACUUCGUUCCUGGCCACUGGCACCUUCACGGGCUACAUCAUAGUGGUCAUCGGGGUCUUUGCAGGUGUUCUGAUGCGGGCACCCAUACACAAGCGCAUCGAUAUAUUCUUCAGCGUCCUGGGCUGCACCCUGUUCGUGGCCAGCGGUGUGUUCAUCAUCGAGGCCUGGGAGUUCUCCUUCCGCACCCGAACUCGGGAUCUCGCGCUCAUUAAGGCCUCGCUGUCCAUCGUCAAUGGGGUGCUAUUCGGAUUCGAUGCGGUGUUCACAUUUCGCGACAAGUGAAUCGUUCAGGUUAUGAGGGCAACCACUGGCCACAUCCGCUGGAGCUUCUUUCGUAUGCAUUUAAUAGCUUGUAAGGGUAUACAUUUCUUUCCGGUUCAACUGGCGAUGCCGCCAAUCAUACAAACAACCAAACUGUUAACGUUUAUCUUUAUAUUUAAGUGUUUUUUUUUCCCAAUAAAAAGUAAUUCGCCAUCGCUCAA